CCCAGUCCAUAAGGCCCAGGACCAAGACAAAAACCGCUCCCUCAGGCUCAGCAAUCGCAUCUUCAGCGGUGGAACGGUUGAACUUGAAGCCAUUUCACGCACGAGAAAUUGCGACAAUUCCGAUGUCUCUCCUCGCCACCCUCAUUUAAAAACCUACCCCAGCUCUCUCUUUCUCUUCGCUCCUCUCCCAUCAACAUCCACUCAACCCCCCUGCUCUCUGUUUCUCUAUCCUUGAUUCUCUUUCCAUUCUCAACGCAAUCAUGUCUUGCUUCAAGGGCAAAUAUCAUGAUGAACUCAUUACCAAUGCUGCCUACAUUGGCACCCCAGGAAAGGGUAUCCUUGCUGCUGAUGAGUCUACUGGCACCAUUGGCAAGCGUCUGGCCAGCAUCAAUGUUGAGAACGUAGAGUCUAACAGGCGGGCUCUUCGGGAGCUUCUCUUCUGCACCCCAGGUGCCCUCCAAUACCUUAGUGGGGUGAUCCUCUUCGAGGAGACCCUUUACCAAAAGACAGCCAGUGGCAAGCCUUUUGUUGAUGUCCUCAAGGAAGGUGGAGUUCUCCCUGGCAUCAAGGUUGACAAGGGUACCGUUGAGCUUCCUGGCACCAAUGGUGAGACUACAACCCAGGGUCUUGAUGGCCUUGCUCAGCGCUGCUCAGAUUACUACAAGGCUGGUGCCCGAUUUGCGAAGUGGAGGGCUGUGCUCAAGAUUGGCCCAACUGAGCCAUCUCAAUUGGCCAUCAAUGAAAACGCCAAUGGAUUGGCACGGUAUGCCAUCAUCUGCCAGGAGAAUGGUUUGGUCCCAAUUGUGGAGCCAGAGAUCCUAGUGGAUGGUCCUCAUGAUAUUGAGAAAUGUGCUGAUGUUACAGAGCGUGUACUGGCAGCUGUAUACAAGGCUUUGAAUGACCACCAUGUUCUGCUUGAGGGGACUUUGUUGAAGCCCAACAUGGUGACUCCUGGAUCUGAUGCCAAGAAGGUGGCCCCAGAGGUGGUUGCUGAGUAUACAGUCCGGGCCUUGCAGAGGACAAUGCCUGCCGCAGUUCCUGCUGUAGUCUUCCUCUCAGGCGGACAGAGUGAGGAGGAGGCCACUCUCAACUUGAACGCCAUGAACCAGUUGAAGGGAAAGAAGCCAUGGUCUCUGUCAUUCUCUUUUGGACGUGCAUUGCAGCAGAGCACCCUCAAGGCAUGGGCCGGGAAAGAGGAGAACGUGCAGAAGGCCCAAUCUGCCUUCCUCGCCAGGUGCAAGGCAAACUCGGAAGCAACCUUGGGUUCUUACAAGGGUGAUGCUCCCAUUGGAGAGGGUGCCUCAGAGAGCCUCCACGUCAAGGACUACAAAUAUUGAUCAAUCAAAUUUUGACUUGUCGUUUUGAAGAAAAAAUAUAUGGAGAGUGGUAUCCCUUGAUUUCCUACUACUAGGCUUUCCAUUACUGUUUUUAAUUUUCUUUUACUCCCUUUGUUUAUUGAGUCAAUGUAUCAAUAAGUUGAAGAAAGAUGGAAAGCCCUCAUGAUGAACCUAAGUUUAGGUUUUGGUUUUUGUGAUGAAAGUUUCCAUGUUUGUAUUAUCAUAUCAGCUAGUUUAUAGCAAUCGUGGACCUCAUUCUUGGCUUUAUA